AUGGCAGAAGAGUUUCUUCAACCAAGCCGAAGAGAUUAUAUGGAGUUCGUGGGCAACAUGUUUUUUAAUGUGCUUCUACAGAACUCUUUGUUGCAAGUUGCAAUGAAAGAUGAUUAUGGAAAUGUGGAAAGUUGUGUGAUGCAUGAUCUUGCAUCUUCUGUCGUAUCCAAUAAUGCAGACGACAGUAUUGUAGUUCGAUACAAGUUUCUUGAAGAAGAAUCAAGUCCUAUUCCAAAAAAUGUGGCCAAACAUUUGCUUACAUUAUUCUUGAAAGGUGGAAUUCCUGGUACUAUAUUCUCAAACUUUCAAUGUCUGCAUUAUCUGACUCUUUUUGGUGAUUAUAAAGAGUUCCCCAAUUCAAUUAGGGAAAUGUUGUCGGCGGAGAUUGGGAGAUUAACUAGUCUCCAUACACUGCGUUGCUUCACAGUAGGCAAAGAGAAGGGCUUCCAAAUUGAAGAGCUCGGAAGUUUGAAGAAUCUCACAGGAUCAGUAGAGAUUCAAGAUCUGGAGAUGGUGCAUGAUAAGGAAGAGGCUCUGAAAGCAAAUAUAUUUCAGAAACCAAACUUAUUUAAGUUGGCGUUUAGAUGGAGUGAUGGUAGAGAAGAUGAAACAAAUGAUGAGAGUGUAUUGGAAGGCAUCCAACCUCAUUCAAAUCUGAAAAAGUUGGAGAUUUCAGGAUUUAAAGGCAUACGAUUUCCAACGUGGGAUGAGAAGAUGGUAGCACGUGAUGGGCCUCAAGGAUCAUUGGUACCACUUGAUAACUUGAUUGGAAUAGAACUCAUUGGGUGCUCAGAAAUUGAGGAAAUCCCAACGCUGGAGCACUUGCCUAAUCUCAAGUCUGUUUCUUUGAAAAGAUUGAAGAAGGUGAGGCUCAUAAAUGCUUGGUUCAAUCAUUUAACAUCACUCCAAAUAGAAGAGUUAGAUCGAUUGGAUUGUCUGCCAGAAUGGAUAUUGUAUAACAAUCAGAAUCUCUCAUUUUUGUACAUAUCAAAAUGUGGUGUGUUGAGAGAAUUACCAGAUGGCUUCAUUACUUAA